AGCGGACGUCGCGGCGCCGCGGGGGGGGUGGGGGGACGCUGCCGCUGGGUCCGCCCGAGCCGCCGGGCCGCCCCCAGCGUGGCCGGCCGGGCCUAGGCUCCGGGUCCUACGAACCCCGUACUGGGCGGGGGUUGGGGGGGUGGGGAAGGCUCGGCGCCCCCGGACCGAGGGGCCCGGAAGUCCUCGCGGAGGGGCCAGGGGAAUCCCUCCCCACCCCAAAAAUACGGGGUUUGGGAGCUUGGGCCUUGCGCGGAGGAGCUGGGUCAGGCCUGGGUCGGGCCGGGUCGGGGGAGAGGGCGGCGUGCUGGGGUGGGGGUGGGGUGCAGGGAAUAGGGUCAAGCCUUCGCCCGAGGGGAGAGGCCUGGGCCACCAGACCUGGAGAGGAGGAGGAGGAGGAGGAGGAGGAGGAAGGUCCUUUGGAGGGCUUAGGAGAGGAGGCAGCGUCCUUCCCAAGAUGAAGGGCAGUAAGAAGGAGAAGGGUCCCCGUGAGGGCUUCAGAGUGGAGGGCCUCCGGUGGCUAGGUGGAGAGUAGGGUGGUUUCCUGCGUCAGGAGACGAGGGAAGCCUAAGGUUAUGGGGUUAGUGAGAAGGUACUUGCUGGGAAGAGGGUACCCCUUGCUUUCAGAAAUGACAGGGAAUUGGCCAGGUGUCCUCGGUUUGAGAGGCAAGAGAAAUGUGGGCAGAAUCUUACCCGAGGGUCUUGACCUGGCUGUCCAAGGAGCAAGGAAACCCUGAGCUCUCAAAAUGCGACCUGUUACUGACUCUAGGAGAACCAGGAAGUAGGGGUUUUCUCCACAUCUGUACACUCUUGCCAUCUGCCCAGCCCCCUUUCCUUGGCUAGUAUUAUGGAACGUUUUCAUAAGAGCUUGGGCCUAACGCUUCUAAUUUUUCAACCAUAUAAUAACUUGUUUUUCUUUUAUACUUAAGUUCAUUGAGUAGGUGUAUUUGAGCUUUGUUGGGUUAGUUUGGGCCCUGUUUUGAUUUCUUACACUCUUAGAGGGGUGACUUUUAAAAACGUAUUCCUUGAUUCCUUCAAACACCUAUAUAGGAGUCUCCAUCCAAUCUGUGAUUUAUAUAGAACUUCACUUCCUCUGGAUACUUCCUGCAGAGUGAAAUGACCUUGGGUUCAUUAUAUCUGAGUUCACUUUGGCUGAACAACCAAGUGCAUACGGUGGACUUAGUGAGUUUUGUGCUUAAGUAAUAAAGUUGCAAAUUGGAGACUUGUUGUUGGUUUUGGCUAUUUAUUUGAGACUGGGUUUCUCUGUGUGGCUCUGGCUGUUUUGGAACUGGCCUCCAAUUGUUUAGGUAUUUGAGACAGGGUAUCUCUGUAGUCCUUACUGGCCUUGCACUCAAGAGAUUUACCUGCCUCUGCCUUACGAGCGCUGGGAUUAAGGGCAUAUGCCAUCAUUGCCUGGCUUUUGUUUGUUUCUUUUUGAGAUAAAGUCUCCUUUUAGUUUGGCUGGUGUCAAACUCAAAAGAGAUUUCACCUGCCUCUGCCUCCAAAAUAUGCCAGGCUGCUCUGUAUGUUAGUUAUUUGACACCGGGGCUCACUAUGUAGCCCUGGCUGGCUUUGAACUUAUGGUAGUCUUGCCUCAGAUGCCCAGGUUCGUGCUUGUAGAUGGGAGAUGAUCAUACCAAGCACGUGCUUGCUUUUCUUUUCUUUUCUUUCUUUUUAUUUUCUUGGCAUCUUUCUCUGUAGCUCUGGUUUGACUGGCACUUGCCGUGUAGACCAGACCGACUUUACACUUGCAUAUCUUUCUGCUUCUGCCUCUCCUGGGCUAAGAUUUUAAAUUUAGAUUUAUUACCUGGCACGGUGGCACACGCUGUUCUUCCUGUCCUCACUCACUUGUAAAGCAGCAGCAGGCAGAUAUCCUAGUCUGAGGCCAACUACAUUGCAUGUUCCAGCCUGUGUCUCAAAACAACAGCAAAAAUGUAUAUGUUCCUGUCACUGUCUGUGUGUGUAUAUUGGUGUGUCUGCCUGCCUGCCUGCCUUGCUGGUAUACUUGUGGAGGUCAGAGGACAACACAGGAUUUGAGUCUCUCCUUCCACUGCCUGUGUCCUUCAGAUCAAACUCAGGUUUUUAUGCUCCAUAACAAUAGCCUGUCUUUACCUUCUGAGCCAUCUUGCAGGCAGGCACCCAUCUCCUUUUUUUGUUUUUGUUUUUAUUUUAAACAAAGGUUUUGUAUAGUCUCAGCCUUCUUAUGUAACUGAAGAUGACCUUGAAUCCCUAACACUUCUGCUUCUACCCCCAGAGUGCUGCUAUGCCUUGUUCCUGCUCACUUUAAAUAUUCUUAAGUUUAUAAUGCUAUAUGCAUAAUGUUGGGAGGGGUGCCUGUGCCAUGGUGUGCAGGUGGGUAGAGGCUGGAGGAUUUUAUGGAGUUGGUUCUCUCCGUUUAUCUUUACAUGAGGUUUAGAGUUAUAACUCAGGUAACCAGGCUUUUUUUUUUUCUUCCCUGAAAAUAAUUGCAGAGCAGCAGCCGGUUAGCACUUGUCUGUAAUCCCAGCUCUCUGUAGACUGAGCCAGGAGGAUUGAAAGUUCAAGCCCAGCCUGGACUACUUAGUGAGACUUUUCUCUCAAAUACCCAAGUAACUGAAUGUGGAGGUUUUUGCCUUCAUUCCCGAGCUUGGUAGAAGCUGGAGGCUCAAUAGCACGAGGUCACCCACAGCUACAUAGAGAGUUUGAGACCAGCCCAAAACUAAGCAAGGACUAAAAAGCAAACUACAGAGAAAACUGUUUUGCUGUAGGUUGACCCCAUGGCUCAUGCCAAGCCUCGGCCCUGAGCUGUACUACCCCUGCAAUGCUUCUUUCUACAUCCUUGACUAAAUUUUAUUAAAAUUAUGUCAUGGUUUUGUACGUUCUCAUAGAAUUACAGAGCUCACAGCGGUGCCAUCUCAUGAGGGAUAUUGCAAGGCCUCCUCUGUGAGGUACCCAUGGGAUCAGCUCGCUCAUCUCACCUCUGGAGUUUGUGUUGCUAUACACAAGGGGCAGGCAGGUUUGUGUUUAUAUAUCUUAGAGCAGUCUGUGCUGGUCUGGAGGUGCUCACUGGAAGUGGGAUACUUAAGAUGAUGACAUUGAACCUAGACUUCAUUUUACUAAGAAUUACCAGUUGUCUUGUUGGAGUGGACUCUUCUCUGUCACUAAAAACAUGUUCCAGAUGACUCUUAGGCUCGACUGUUAGAAGUGGGUUCCAGGUAUGGAAGGAAUAAAGUACAAAUUCUGCAGAGAGGGUUAACAACUUAGCCACCCUCCUUCUUCAAGAUGGCCACAGGAACUCAGUCUUUCUGGGAAGAAGGUUGAAAUUAGAAGCACCAUUCUAAGAACCAUAGUUCUUCUGUGACCCAGUAACUUAUCUGAGCUAUUUAUUGAAAAAAUAAAGUUCGUGGUGGGCAGUGGUGGCGCAUGCAUGCCUUUAUUUCCAGCACUCAGGAGGCAGAGGCAGGUGAAUGUCUGAGUUGCCAACCAGCCUGAUCUACAGAGUGAGUCUCAUGAUAGCCAGAACUACACAGAGAAACCCUGUGUACCUGAAGACAGUCUUUGGCUCAACACAUAUAGUCCCAAUACUCAAAGGCAGUAGGAUUCUUAAACUUUGAGGCUAGCUUGGGCUGCAUAAUGAGUCCCAAGCCAGGAAACUAUUAUAUAACAAGACCUUGUCCCAUCCUCCUGUCUCCCUACAACCUCCCAGAAUUAAAACUCUGCUCCUUUUUUUGGUGGAAUAAAUCUUGACUUGGGAGUCAAAUUUGUACCUCAAAUGUUAUUUGUUUGUUUUGUUAAUAUUUACUUUCUUAUUUGGGCCUGGUGGCGCACAACUUGAAUCACAGUAUUGGGAGGCAGGGGUAGGUGGAUCUAUGUGAGUUCAAGGCCAGCCUGGUCUACAUAUUGGGUCCCAGGACAACAGCCAAGACUAUAUAGAAAAACCCUAUCUUGAAGAAAAAAUUACUUUCUUGUUUGAGGCCAACCUGAUUUAGUGAGUUUCAGACUAGUCAGAGCUAUAUAACAAGACCCUAUCAAAAAAAAAGGCAAGCCAGGCAGUGGUGGUGCGCACCUUUAAUCUACUUGGGAGGUAGAGGCAGGUGGAUUUCUGAGUUUGAGGCCAGCCUGGUCUACAGAGUGAGUUCCAGGACAGCCAAGGCAACACAGAGAAACCCUGUCUUGAAAAAAAAAAACAAAAAACAAAAAAACAAAGGCAAAAGGUUUAUUUUCUUUUUGUAUGUACAUGAAUAUUUUACCUAAAUGUAUGUAUGCGUGCCACAUUUGUGCCUAAAGAAGUCAGAAGAGGGUAUCAACCCCUCUGGGCCUGGAAUUAAGGUGAUUGUGAGCCCAUGUGGGUGUUGGGGAUCUAACCUGAGUCCUCUACAAGAUUAACAAGGCUCUUACCUGAUGCUACAUCUCUCCAGCCCCUACUUCAGACUUAGGAUGUUACUAUUUUAUACAAACCCUCAUACUGCAAAGCUGAGCGCAGUGGCACACAUCUAUAAUGCCAGCAUCUGGGAGCUGAGAGGACCAGGUCACGGUCAUCCUCAGUGACACAGUGGUUUUUCAAGGUCACCGCAAAAUUAGUAAACCUAUAGUUGGAUGACUCCGGAGGUUAGAGACCAGCCUGUCAGCAUGGCAGAAACAAGCUGUGGGGAAGACAGCCUGCACUUACAACUAAGCAGAAGAGCUUUCACCUCAAUCCUCAACAGCCCCCACCAACCCCUCACCCAAAGAGGUAGAAAAGCAUAAUGGGAAACCAGCACAAGCUCAAAGCCUGUGAAGGAAGUCACUGGAGGCCUUUGCACAGAAGUAAUGAUUCAGAGAUCUCUAAAGGUUAACAGAGACUAGCCUGAAGGAAGGGGAGGACAGGCCUUGAGGCAGAAAGCAAGGUUGAAGCUCAGUCCAGGAAAUGUGACCUGUUUGAAAGCUGAAAAACAGUGACAGGAGCUGAUAUGCCACCUUUGAGGAGGCUGAUUUGCAAGACUUUGUAGGCCACAGUGAAGUGCUUGAAUGUUCUUCUCACCGCAGCAGGAGUGCAUAUUAAGGCUUGGCCUUAGGAUCACUUUGGUUAUGUGGGGAAUGAAUUGGAGGAAUCCAAGACCAAAGGUUGGGAUAUAGAAAAAAAAAAGCUGGAAAACUCCAGGUGACAGUGUUGGUAGCACAGGUGGAGAAUGGGAGGAACACACACACACACUCACACACACACACACACACACCACACACCACACUACACACACACACACACACACACACACACACACACACACACACAGAGGAGAUUGGAUGGGGUUUUGUGGUUGAUUGGAUUUAGAAAGAGGAGGCAAAAAUAAUUCUUGAGCUCCCUUCUUUUGAAAACAGGUGGAGGCUAGCACCACUUAGGGAAACAGGAAAUCUAGGAGCAGGUUUAAGAGAAUAUGGUUCAGUUUGAUGUAGUAAAGGUCAAUAAAUACAAAGAUGUAGUAUCCGUUAAAACAAACCAACAAACAAACAAACUUGAAUGGAGUUAAAAAGCCAGAUAUGAAGGAAUUUGACCAGGUGACAUAUACAUGACAAGUGAAUUCACACUAUUUCUCGUCAAAGCUGAGAAGAAUUAUGGGGACACAGACUGUCUCAAUAGGACAGUGCCUAAGCACUGGGUCCAAUGAGGGCGGACAUUUGAGGCUAGCCUGAACUACAUAGCAAUACUUUGUCUUGAAAAACCAAGAUUAAGGGCUGGAGAGAUGGCUCAGUGGUUAAUAGCACUGACUGCUCUUCCAGAGGUCCUGAGUUCAAUUCCCAGCAACCGCAUGGUGGCUCACAACCAUCUGUAAUGGGAUCUGGUGUGUCUGAAGUCAGCUACAGUGUCCUUACAUAUAACAAAUAAAUCUUAAAAAAGAAAAGAAAAAAAAAAAGAAAAACCAAGAUUAAGCUGGGUGUUGCGGUGCAUACCUUUAAUUCUAGCACUUGGGAGGCAGAGGCAGGUAGAUCUUUUGAGUUCUGUUUUACAGAGUGACGUACAGGACAGCCAGGGCUACACAGAAAAAGUCUUUAAAAAAAAAAAAAGAAAAGGGGCUGGAGAGGUCCUGAGUUCAAAUCCCAGCAACCACAUGGUGGCUCACAACCAUCUGUAAUGGGGUCUGGCGCCCUCUUCUGGGGUUUCUGAAGAUAGUGACAGUGUACUUAAUAUAUAAUAAAUAAAUAAAUUUUAACAAGAAAGGACUGAAGGGCCUUAAUCCAAGUCCUCUGGAGGCAGAGACUAGCCUCGUUUAUAGAAUGAGUUCCAGGACAGCCAGGGCUAUGCAGAGAAACCCUGUCUUGAAAAACAAAAACAAACAAACAAAAGGAAAGCAACAAAGAGCUAUGGUUUAGCCGGGCGGGGUGGCGCACGCCUUUAAUCCCAGCACUCGGGGGCAGAGGCAGGCAGGUUUCUGAGUUUGAGGACAGCCUGGUCUACAAAGUGAGUUCCAGGACAGCUAGGGCUACACAGAGAAACCCUGUCUAGGAAAAACCACAAAAGAGGGGGGGAAAAAAAAAGCUACCGUGCAUGGCCCUGUGGUCAAGCACCAGAAGAAGCAGAACAAAUACCCAAGAAGGCACAGGCCAGCCAUGGCUGUCAGGGUCUGCACAGGAGAAGGCACAGGCCAGCUAUGGCUGUCAGGGUCUGCAUAGGAGAAGGCACAGGCCAGCUAUGGCUGUCAGGGUCUGCACAGGAGAAGGCACAGGCCAGCUAUGGCUGUCAGGGUCUGCACAGGAGAAGGCACAGGCUAGACAUGGCUGUCAGGGUCUGCACGGGAGAGGGCACAGGCCAGACAUGGCUGUCAGGGUCUGCACAGGAGAAGGCACAGGCCAGACAUGGCUGUCAGGGUCUGCACGGGAGAGGGCACAGGCCAGCUAUGGCUGUCAGGGUCUGCACAGGAGAAGGCACAGGCUAGACAUGGCUGUCAGGGUCUGCACGGGAGAGGGCACAGGCCAGCUAUGGCUGUCAGGGUCUGCACAGGUAACUGGGUAGUGUGGAAACAGCAGGAGAGAGUGACAGGCCACAUUUGGGGAGAAGUUCUGAAAAGAAAGUGCAGGGAUAAUGGCUUUGCUUUGUGCCUGGACUUAGAGAAUAGAAAGGUUAGAGUGCUAGAAACACAUUAGUGUGUGUUCAAAGUAUAGCAAGUGGCUGAUAGGGUUGGAGAUGAAUACUGUAGAUAAAACUGGAGUAUUCUGAGGCCAGACAGGUCCACUUUGAACGACAUGUUACGUGUGUGCAAACAAGGCUGGCAGAGCUGAGGGUGACUUGGGUCUCUGGCUACCAGUGACACAUGCCAGCUUGAAUCCAUGAUCACUAUGGCUGUCUCCUGCUGCUCUCACAUGCCCACCAAGACUGAGGUAGGACAUUCAGUGUAUUUUCUUGUACUCUAUACCAACUGCAGUUUCCCUUCUUCCCUCCCUCCCCCUCUUCCUCCUUUUUAAAAGACAGGCUGCCCUUCAAUUUAUGUAUCUCAGGCUGUAUUCAAAUGCGUCAUAAUCUUCCCUAUCAGUCUCCCAGGGUGACAGCACCUGGCGCUCUCUUUUCAAGUAUAGUGUAGAGGACUGCUCCUUAUCCUUGUCAGAGCACUUACCCACCAUGCACAAAGCUCUGAUCUGAGUUCCUAGCCCUGAAAAAAAAUCUUUUUUUUCCUGAGUUCUGAAGUCUAACAGCUGCAGGAUAUCCUGAGACCCUCUGAGUUUUCAUAAAGAUUAGGACAAUGGAGACAGCAAAAUGGCGCAGUAGGUAAAAGUGCUUGCCAUUGUUGCUGAAGGAGAGAACUCUGGAAGUUGUCCUAUGACCUCCAUGUGGGUGUCUCAGCACGUGCACAGACAUACAACUAUUUAAACAACACAAAAAGACUGGGUGGGUCAGUGCGUCAGCUCGAAGGAGCACAUGGGACUUGGUGGUGUCCUCAGUAGCUCUGCAAGGAGCUGUCAGACGGUGUCAUCUCCAUUCACUCUGAGCAACUGAUUUGUUUCUGUGACUCAUGUGGAGGUGCAAACCUUAGUCCCAGCAUUCCCAGUGGAAGCAGGCAGAUCGAGAGUUCAAGGCCAUCCUCAGCUACAGAGAAAGUUCCAAGUCAGCCUGGACUAUUUGAGACUCCGUCUCGAAAAAUAAGACAAAAGGAACAAAGUUCUUAAAGCCAAGUCUGGCGACUUAUACCCUGUAAUUUCAGCACAUUGCAGCAGAGGCAGAAGGAUUGCUUUGCGCUGGAGACUUGGUUUUGGACUAGAGAGCUCAGUGGUUAGAGCACUCUCUGCUCUCCCAGAGGGUUAGGUUUGACACCCUUACAGACAUUCAUGCAGGCAAAACAUCAAUGCACAGAAAAUACAAAUAAUUUUGUUUUUGGUUUGGUUUUUUUGAGACAGGGUUUCUCUGUAUAGCCCUGGCUGUCCUGGAACUCACUCUGUAGACCAGGCUGGCCUCGAACUCAGAAAUCCACCUGCCUCUGCCUCCCGAGUGCUGGGAUUAAAGGCAUGUGCCACCACCGCCUGGCAAAAAUAAAUUAUUUUUUAAAAAAGAAAGUUCUUGGCCACGUGGUGGCUCAUGCCUCUAAUGUGAGUUGUAGGAUCUCUGAGUUUGAGACCAGCCUUGUCUACAGUCUGAGUUAUAGAACAGCCAGGGCUACACAGAGAAACAGUGUCAAAGAAAGAGAGAUAGAAAGAGAGAGGUUUUUAAGACAGUGAAGUCAGCUGUUACAAACAGCUAUAUACCUGAAUUCAGAUAUUUACUGAGUGUUGAUUAAAGAUAGAGCACUAUAUGUAAUAUCACAUACUUGAUAUGAAAUGGCUACUUGCACUUAAAAUAGGUAUGAUUCCUACUUUCCAGGGGCCACUCUUUGGGAUGGAAGUAGUCUAUGCUGUAACUUGAUCCACAGAAAAAACAAGCCAGGUAUGCUGCAUGCUUGCAAUGCUGCACUUGGGAGGCAGAGGUGGAAGGAUCAGCAAAGUGGAGCCAGCCUGGAAUACUUCCUGAGAGUCCCUUUUCAAAACCAAAGCCAAGAGCAAAGUUCUGUGAUCCCAGAAUUCAGGAGGCAAAGGCAGACUCAUCUUUGAGUUUGAGGCCAAGGUGGUCUACGUACUGAUUUUCAUGUCAGACAGCAUUACAUAGUGAGACCCUGUCUCCAAGAAACAAAACAAAGAAAACCCCAAACAAAACCACCCUUACACUCUAGUGCUGUUCAUUUCUGGGCUGAUGGGAUCCCUCCCAGGGCCGAUGAUGAUCCCAGGCUACCAACUUAAUUUCUCCAAACUUGAGAGAGAUGCACAGUUAGGUCUGAGGAGCAGGUAGCAUUGGCUCUGGCAAACCACUGGUGCGUCAUAUGUCUAUGAAAACACGCUAAGAGCCCGUGUGCGCCUGUCAGCUCCUCUCAGUCCUCAUCCUUUACAGAGGACAUCUUUGGGCACUCUGAGCUGUUCCUUAUCUGGCGCUCCUCUCCUGUAGCUGUCUCUUUCAAGGUGAAGUUACUCAUGCUUCUCGUUCCCCGCAGCAGCCCCAGCUAGCUGACUUCAUGUGAAAGAUGGCCAAUGCAGAAGUGAGCGUCCCAGUGGGAGAUGUGGUUGUGGUACCCACUGAAGGAAAUGAAGGGGAGAACCCGGAAGACACUAAAACUCAAGUGAUCUUGCAGUUACAGCCUGUGCAACAAGGGAUUUAUGAAGCUGGGUCGGAGAAUAGCGCAGCAGUUGUAGCCGUAGAGACCCACUCAAUACACAAAAUCGAGGAAGGAAUUGAUGCAAGCAGUAUAGAAGGGAACGAGGACAUGGAGAUCGCUUACCCUAUAACCUGUGGGGAGAGUAAAGCUGUCCUCCUCUGGAAGAAGUUCGUGUGUCCAGGAAUAAACGUGAAGUGUGUCAAGUUUAAUGACCAGCUGAUCAGUCCCAAGCACUUCGUUCACCUGGCUGGCAAGUCCACCCUGAAGGACUGGAAGAGAGCCAUCCGUCUAGGCGGCAUCAUGCUCAGGAAGAUGAUGGACUCUGGACAGAUCGAUUUUUACCAGCAUGACAAAGUUUGCUCCAAUACCUGCAGGAGCACCAAAUUUGACCUCCUGAUCAGCAGUGCGAGGGCUCCAGUGCCAGGACAGCAGACAAGUGUGGUGCAGACCCCCACCUCGGCCGAUGGGAACAUCACACAGAUCGCCAUCUCAGAGGAGAGCAUGGAAGAGGCAGGGCUGGAGUGGAACUCAGCUCUCACCGCCGCUGUCACCAUGGCCACAGAGGAGGGUAUAAAGAAAGAGUCUGAAGAGAUUUCAGAGGACACUUUGAUGUUCUGGAAGGGGAUAGCUGAUGUAGGGUUGAUGGAGGAGGUCGUCUGCAACAUCCAGAAGGAGAUGGAAGAGCUGCUCAGGGGCGUUCAGCAGCGGCUCAUUCAGGCCCCUUUCCAGGUCACAGAUGCUGCUGUUCUAAACAAUGUGGCGAACACAUUUGGCCUAAUGGACGCGGUCAAGAGAGUUUUGGACAACAGACGGAAGCAAGUGGAGCAGGGCGAGGAGCAGUUUCUCUACACCCUGGCAGACUUGGAACGGCAGUUGGAGGAGCAAAAAAAGCAAGCCCAAGAUCCCAGACUGAAAUCCCAGACAGUUCAAAAUGUGGUACUGAUGCCCGUGAGCACCCCAAAGCCUCCAAAAAGACCCCGGCUCCAGCGGCCAGCCUCCACCACCGUCCUGAGCCCUUCUCCCGUCCAGCAGCCUCAGUUUACUGUCAUCUCUCCCAUCACCAUUACUCCUGUGGGCCAGUCCUUCUCCAUGGGCAACAUCCCAGUGGCUACCCUCAGCCAGGGCUCCAGUCCUGUGACUGUCCACACACUGCCUUCUGGCCCUCAGCUCUUCCGCUAUGCCACGGUGGUUUCCUCUGCCAAGAGCAACUCACCAGACACAGUGACCAUCCACCCUUCCUCAAGUUUGGCACUGCUAAGCUCCACCUCUAUGCAGGAUGGGAGUUCCCUGGGCAACAUGGCCACCAUGGUGAGCCCCAUGGAGCUGGUGGCCAUGGAGUCCGGCCUGACGUCAGCAAUCCAGGCUGUUGAAAGCACCUCUGAGGAUGGGCAGACCAUCAUUGAAAUCGACCCUGCCCCAGACUCCGAGGCUGACGACACUGAGGGCAAAGCAGUCAUCUUGGAGACAGGGCUGAGGACUGAGGAGAAAGUGGUAGCCGAAAUGGAAGAACACCAGCAUCAGGUCCACAAUGUGGAGAUUGUGGUCUUGGAGGACUGAUUGGGGACAGGGCCAAGAGCUGUGUUUUGGUUUGGAAUUUUAAUUAUGUUUAUUUUUAUCAUUGUCCCGCUCAUUUCCACAUAGAACUUUUUUUAAAAAAAAAACAAAAACAAACAAAAAAAAACCAAACUACAAAAUCUCGUUGUAACUGCAAAUGUUGGGUUCCUCCUACUUCCUCAUUGACAACUGGACAGAACAAGCUGCCUUUCCAGAAGUUAGAAACAGGGCACCCAGGGUCUGAACCAUCUUUCCCCAAGGAAGGUAAUUGCUUUUAGGGGAAGUGUCAAAAUAUCCAGGAAUCCUUUCCAGAAUAGUCUGUCUGUGUAUACACGCAUGGUCUCACUCUUGUAAAGACGCAUUGACCAGACCCUGGAACACAGAUCUGACUCCAGAAGAUGACCAGCUCUGCUGUGGAUACAGAAGCACGCUUGCCUCUGUGUCCUGGAUAUGAUGGCCUCAGAUGCUGGUGUGCAAAACUGAAAGAACAGGAGGUUGGCUCUGCUUAGGGUGGAAAGUAGUGUGAUCAGCAGCUCAUAGGGGGAGCCCUUUGACAGGGAGGGGCCGAGGAAUGGUCUUCCAGAGGUGCAUCUGAUGCCCCUUGCGCUCUCUGAGGGUUGGGUACCAUUUUCAAUUUCAGAAGAGGACAGAGAUUAUAGAAAGACACAAAGCAAUCAAAAGAUUGUCACAGCUGUGCUUUUGGGAUAGCUCACCUUGCCCCCAGCCUUGUCAAAGCCCUCACCCUCCUCGCCCAGGACUAUCAGUCCAUUCCUUUGCAGACUGUGAUGUGGUAUAAAUUGUUCUAAUUCUUGGACUGUGGCUGUCAUGGAGGUGGGGCUCCAAGGCCAUCAUUUUUCGUUUCUUGACUCCAGGAAUGGCAGAGUCCCUCGUGCAGACCAGCUGCUAUUUUUGGUGGAGCCCUGCACGUAAGCAUGCAAGUGUGUGUGUGUGUGUGUGUAUGUGUGUGUGUGUGUGUGUGUGUGUGUGUGUGUACAUGUUUCGGGUUUGGAACCAAAAGCAGUCAUUUCCCUGGUGCUUCCUUUUCUUUUCCUUCCGUCUGCUGGACCCCAUGCUCAGUAGCUUUUUGGCAGACAGCAGUGACAGGUGCCUGCCUGCCUUCAUUCUCUUUGCCAUUCUCCUCUUCUGAUACCACAGAUGUUUCUGUGAGAUACCGAACUCAUAAAAUGGCUUAGGCUUGGCAGGGACAACUGGUAACACCUUUCCUGAGGUGUGGACUAGAUGGCUCCUGAGUGAGCUGCACUUUCUGGGAAAGGGACAUUGUAUUUGACAUUGUAAGAAGUAUGACAGGAGUGUCAGUAACGUCCAGGCGUGGGGCUUCUUCCUAAAUGCUGUUUGUACAUUCGGUACUACUAGGUCACUCUUUCUGCUGUGAUCCCAUGUCGUUGAUUCUCUUCAGCGUUUGGGGGAGAGUAAGCAGUUUCUGGUUUCUUUAAUUAUAUUGUUUACUAUGUUAGGGAAAAUAUAGAGACUCUCGAGGUGACUUUAUAGGUCAAAAAAGCAUACAGCUUAGGAGCUGGAGGAUUUAUUAUUAUUAUUAAAAGUAAAAUUUUGGCUUUUGUUUAAAAAAAAAAAAUAGAGAAGGAUGCCUGUCUAAAUCUGUCUUCCUGCCUGCAGGUUUUGAAAACCCUGUAAGCAACCAAAAGUUGCACCUUCCAUCUCUUAGACGGCCAUGUGUCACCAGGGAAGCAAGCCCUCAGGGAUCACUCUGAAGACCCUGAAGAGUGCGGCUUCUGAACUCUAUUCAGAUUUGUUUCAGCUUUAAAACUGGACUUUUCUUUUCAGACUCUUUAGUUAGGCUGGGGACAGAACUGAAUUGGUAAAGUGGUCACCUAGCGUUCAUGAAACCCUGGGCUCAGUCUCCAGCCAGAAGUAAACUGGGCAUGGGGCCACAUAUCUGAUCCUAACACUUGGGAAAUAGAGACGGGAGACUUAGAAAUUCAAGGUCAUACAUACCAAGUUCAAGACCAACCUGGGAUAUAUGAAAUAGUGUCUCAAAAAAUUUUUGUUUAGGACAAGCUUUUGGUGAAAGAAGGAAUUUAUUCCUGCCUUCCUUACACUUUGUUAAUACAUAGGAAUUUUUAUUACAUUUAUUUAUCUGUGUGUGUGUGUGUGUGUGUGUGUGUGUGUGUGUGUGUGAUGGUGAGCUUGCUACGGUAUGUAUGUGAAGAUCAGAGAACAACCUGCAGGAGUCUGUUCUCGCCUUCCACCAUGUGGGUCCUGGGAAUUGAACUCAGGUUGCCAGGCUUGGUGGUAAGCACCCUCAUCCAUUGAGCCAUCUUGCCUGCUCUAAAAGUUUCGGUCUUCAGACCAAAACUGUUACUUGAACCUAGAAAGCCACAUCGCAUCCCUGUUGUGUCCUUUAGGUCAUUUCUCUUUUCCAGAGAUGGGCAGACCAAUUCAGGACACGGGAGGCACCCUAGAGAAUAGAGGCAGGCUCCUUCAGGUCCUGCCUUUUUGCUCUUCACAGCUGUUGUGUCAUUAAAGGUUGUGUGAGCAGCAUGCUUCCAAAGUCAGAUUUCCUUCUUGAGACAGAGCCUGUUUACUUAAAACAGAUUACAUGAGCUUUGCUGUUUUCCUGGUCUUCCAAUUGCUGUCAUUGCUAGCUGCAGUGGUACUUGGAGAGAUGAGAUCUCUCACAGACCUGGUCUAGAUUAUUUUAGGUGGGGUGAUACACAUGCAAGCUUCUGAUGUGUGAAUAGGCAGUUGCAAUGAAAUUACUCCUCAGGCUGACUUGAUGGUAGCUAUCUUUUCUCUAGCCAUUCAUUAAAUAAACAUUUGUAAGUACUGUCUA